GCCAGGGGCCCAUCUUGUUCGUAUCCUCAUCUGAUCUCAUCUAAGCAAAUAACUGUGGCUUUGCAUGUCAUGGCACAAUCACAAUGCUGAAUUCAGAUACUCUUAAGACCAAUAUCUUUGGCAAACCAACAUUAGGGUCUUCAUGUCUACGAUUCUGUGGGCUAUUUUCAAGUCAUAUUUUUGCUCACGAUUCUUCCUCCCAUCAUAUCCUAGUCAUAUGUUGAAAACGUCACCAAAGCAGUGGGCUAAAUAUGGACACAUUGAAAACAUGGUAUUGGUUUUAGGAAAGCUUAUGUUAGUUUCAUUGGUUUAAUAUUUGAAAUUGUAUUAGUAGGGCAUUUCUAUGAAAGUUUCAUGCCUUAGAUUCUUCAACAUGAAGGAGAUAUGCUAUGGAGAUAGGAGCAUAGUAUUAUAAAUCCACUUGAUUCAUCUGUCUGCAAAGCUGCAAAGGUGAAGCACAACUACUGAUCAUCAAAUGGGUGUGAACAAAACUGCUGAUGAUGUAGAAACUCUUGGCAUACCUGUUGGUUCAGCUCCUCCAGAUUCUACAGCAGAAACUCAAGCAAUAGGAAAACCCUGGAGCACUGGAUUAUACGACUGCCAUGAAAACCAGACAAAUGCUGUUAUGACAACAUUUUUCCCCUGUGUUACGUUCGGGCAGAUAGCAGAGGUAGUGGAUGAAGGAGAAAUGACUUGUCCUUUGGGGAGCUUUAUUUACCUGUUGAUGAUGCCUGCUUUGUGCUCUCACUGGAUUAUGGGCUCCAAGUAUAGAGCAAAGCUGAGAAGGAAAUACGACCUGGUAGAAGCUCCGCAUCAAGAUAUUGUCUCUCACAUCUUUUGCCCAUGUUGCUCCCUCUGUCAGGAAUUCAGAGAGCUAAAAAUCAGAGGACUUGAUCCUGCUCUUGGAUGGAAAGGAAUCCUUGCUCAACGACAGAGAGGACAGAAUCAAGACCAAGAAUUAAAGGUUCCUCCAAAUCAAGCCAUGUUCAAGUAAAAAAUGAUGGUUCAAGUUUCCUAAAGUGCACUGGGUUUCUAUUUUCUAUUUCAAAUUCUGAAGUUUUGAGUGUCUGUUUCUUCAAGAGGAAAAGGGUCUUGUAAAUAAACAAGGCUUAUAUCUCCAAAUGUUACAAAUAAUGUGUAUUGAUUCCUUGUAUCUCAUCUUUAUGACUUUGGAUUAGGGAUAAUGGUUUGUUGAUUCCUUACAUCUCACUUUU